CCUUCCUCACCAACGAAUCCCCAGUCCCCCACAUCACCACCGAGCUCUCGAUUUCAAUCUCACCACCUCCGAGGGAGCCAUGUCGGGCCGCGGCAAGGGAGGCAAGGGGCUGGGCAAGGGCGGCGCGAAGCGCCACCGCAAGGUCCUCCGCGACAACAUCCAGGGCAUCACCAAGCCGGCGAUCCGGAGGCUGGCGCGCAGGGGCGGCGUGAAGCGCAUCUCCGGGCUGAUCUACGAGGAGACCCGCGGCGUGCUCAAGAUCUUCCUCGAGAACGUCAUCCGCGACGCCGUCACCUACACGGAGCACGCCCGCCGCAAGACCGUCACCGCCAUGGACGUCGUCUACGCGCUCAAGCGCCAGGGCCGCACCCUCUACGGCUUCGGCGGCUGAGCUCUGCCUCUCCGUUCCGGCGGCGCUCCUGCUUUUGGUCAGACGGUGCUAGGUUUAGCAGUGGUGGUAGGCGUUCUCGUUCCAUCAGUUGUCGGGAAGAGUCCGUGUCUGUUUUGUGCAAAGUCAUCUGUUCUGUGAUGAGAAAUGGAUCCCGAAGGUUAUGAAUGAAAUCGAUCCAUGUUUACUUUUCUAACUGCA